UAUAUAAGAUGGAGAGCAGCUCACUCAUCCAGCACUCGACUCCUCUCUCCUGGAUCUCGAACUCUCACUCCGGUCCGUCUCUGUGUGAAAUCAGACGUUCUGAUUGAGAAUGAGGAACCUGACGGCUCUGCUGCUGCUUCUCCUGUUGCUCUGCUCUUUUCAUCGGGUGUUUAGUGUUCACGGUUUUGACUACAAGACUGAAUGCUGUUCAGCCACAACUAGAAUAAAGGUUCCUUUAAAAAACAUUGUGACCUACUGGCGGAUCAACAACAGCAACUGCCCCAUAGACGCCAUUGUAUUUCAGACUCUAAAUAAAGAACAGAACACCCAAAGGAAAGUCUGCGUGGAUCCUAAGGCCCCUUGGGUCAACUCUCACAUGCGAAAAGUGGAUCUUAAAAACAAAGCCACUUUAUCAGCAAAACUCUGAAUCUCAGCGUUAGACGGGAUUUCCACACAGAAGACUAACCUGAUAUACUCACCACAUUUUAUCAUCACUGUUUCUGUUCUUAACAAAAAAAGAAGCACUUUGUAAAUACUUACUUGUACAAUUAACACAUUCUCAGUGUGACAGCGCCACCUGGUGUUUUUAAGUCUUCAGUAUCACUGUCUGUUCCAUCUUCAUGUUUGGUCUCAGUUAAUGACUCAGUAAUUAAAUGAAGUGGUUUGACGCACAUGUAACAUUUAACUGUCCUCUAAUAAAUACUUACACUAUGCAGUA